UUUGUGGAUGGCUUAUAGCUAUGCGGCAUAGGCGGGACAGUGGCAGUGAACUGAGAGCUGUGAUUGGUUCAAAAGACAGGCGUAGCCUGACCAGAUUGGUUCUAAACUCCCCCUAUUACCUCACUGCAUUCUACAGGUCUGUCCACCAAUUACAGGACUCCUUACUGGAAAAACCAACUGCUGGAGAAGGCAAAGCGUCCAUAGCAACGCCGUUUUGAACUCAGAAGGGGGAAAGACUGAAGUCAGUUCUCCCGCGGAGCGUCUAUGCCGCAGGAGGAGAAGACACUUAGGAUGGAUACCCCACCCCCCGACGAGAUCCUAGGAAAACAAAAACAAAACCUGCAAAACCAGGAUGAGGAUUUGGGGUUUAAGGAAAUGGACGGUCUGAGAGAAGCUUUGGCCAACCUUAGGGGACUGUCUGAGGAGGAGAAGGGCGAGAAGGCAAUGCUCCGCUCCCGCAUCCAAGAGCAAUCCCAGCUCAUCUGCAUCCUGAAACGCAGAUCCGAUGAGGCCCUGGAACGCUGCCAGAUCCUAGAACUGCUCAACUCGGAGCUGGAGGAGAAGAGGAUGCAGGAGAUGGAGAAGAUGAAGGUCCAGAGUGAGCACGUCCAAAAGCUGGAGAGUCGCUUUAUGACUCUGGCAGCCAACCACGAGAUGAUGAUUCGCUUCAAGGAUGAGCACAAGAGUGAAAACAUCAAGCUGAAGGAGGAGAAUGAGAAGCUGAGGCAGGAGAAUAACAGCCUCUUCAGCCAGGCUCUGAAAGACCAGGAGGCCAAGGUACUGCAGCUCACUAUACACAACAAGGCCCUGGUGGAGGAACUGGAGGUCUUGAAACAGAGAUUUGCUAACGAAGCCAGCCAGGCUCAGGCCCGAGAGAAGGAGCUGCUGGGUCUGCAGAACCAGCAAGCCUGUGACCAUGCCAAGGAGACCGAGGAGCUGCGUAGCGAGCUGCAGAGCAUCAAACAGCAACACCGGCAGGCCACGGAACAGAUGGGGAAGGACCAAGAGGCUAAUAUCAACCUGAACCAGGAGCUGCAGGCCAGGCUGCAGACUGUCAUGCGCGAGAAAGAGGAGCUGCUGCAGCUCUCUAUGGAGAGGGGCAAGGUGCUUCAGAACAAACAGGCUGAGAUCCGCCAGCUUGAGGAGAAGCUGGAGAUAGCAGCCAUGGCCAAGAAGCAUGCGCUAGAACGCUUUGAGCAAGAGGCGGUGGCCGUUGAUAGCAACUUGAGAGUUCGCGAGCUUCAGCGCAAGGUAGAUGGGAUCCAAAAGGCUUACGAUGAGCUGCGUCUCCAAUCAGAAGCCUUCAGAAAGCACAGCCUGGAUCUCUUAAGCAAAGAGAGAGAACUUAAUGCCAAACUCCGCCAUCUCUUUCCAUAAGAGAAAUUGUGCUUCCUGUUAUCUCCAGUUAAUACUUCGAGUAUAUGUGCCUUAGAUUUAUGGCAAAAGCAAAGAUAAUUCAUUUACUAUACUUUUAAGUACAAAAACCACUUUACUAUGACGUUGUUGUUGUUACUGUUGCAAAGUUAAUUUUCAUUUUCAGUUCUACCCCCUAGAAUACAUUUAAGAUUAACCAGAGUCCCCACUGUGCCUUCGAAGAUUUCUUAAGAUUAUCCAUAUCUCUACCUCAUAGCUCACUCAUUCUCAGACUCAGACAUCUUCCUAUAGCUUGAAAAGCUGUAUGAUUUGAUGGAUCCUAAAAUGAACACGCUAUUGUGAAAAGGGAAGACACAGCCCCAUUAGCCAUUGCAGAACAACAGGCUCACAGCACUGUAGUUGGGCGAACAGAUGUCAGCAUGGUAGAACAAACACUUCUCAUCCAAAAGAAUCUGAUUGGAUCUGAUUUUGUAUUAGCUUGACAAGACAAAAGUUUGAUCAUUCACUUGUGUGUCAAAGUAUAAAAGCCAGCUCCGUUCUCUUCAUUCUAGUGAGCAUUAAGAUUCCAGUUCGUUAAAUCGAUCUAGUAUUUCCUGCAAGUUUAUCUUACUUCCACUUUCUUGGUUUUCUCCAUAAUAACUGAGAGGAUUUAGACGAUCUUUAUUGAGGCUCUCAAUGCUUUCGUUUUCUAUUUUUCAAUAUGUUAAUAGGCAAAAAAUACCUCAAUUUAGGGUAACCAUUCAUAGCAGAUUGGGUUGGAUUUUGGUAGCAGCUCAUAUAUUGUUUUCUGUUUCUGUCAGUAUAUUUUUGUGUAAUUAACUUUUGUGUUUUAAAAGUCCAAGCUGAAUGUGUAUAUGCAUAUUUAUGACAUUCUUUGUAGGAAUAAUUCAGUUUUGUAAAAAAAUCAGCUAUUUAACAUAGUUAAAUGUAGAUGAAUGUAAACUUCUUAAGGAAGUUUUCAAGUUAAUUACCAGAA